AUUAUUAAAUGUCCAUUAUUAUUUUUUUGCAGUGGGCAGAUCAAGCUAGCAGACUUUGGUCUUGCCCGACUUUACAGUUCAGAAGAAAGCCGGCCAUAUACCAAUAAAGUCAUUACACUAUGGUAUCGACCACCUGAGUUGCUGCUAGGCGAGGAGCGUUACACACCAGCUAUAGAUGUCUGGAGCUGUGGCUGCAUCCUUGGGGAACUCUUCACAAAGAAACCUGUUUUUCAAGCUAAUCUUGAGUUGUCUCAGCUUGAAUUAAUCAGCCGUCUUUGUGGGAGCCCCUGUCCAGCUGUAUGGCCAGAUGUCAUCAAACUCCCCUACUUCAACACCAUGAAACCAAAGAAGCAAUAUCGUAGGCGCCUACGGGAGGAGUUUUCCUUUAUUCCUUCUGCUGCCCUUGACCUGUUAGACAAUAUGCUAACACUGGACCCCAGCAGACGAUGUACAGCACAGCAAGCAUUGCAGAGUGAUUUCCUGAAGGAUGUUGAUGUCAGCAAGAUGGAUCCUCCAGACCUUCCUCAUUGGCAGGAUUGUCAUGAACUGUGGAGCAAGAAACGUCGGCGGCAACGGCAAAGUGGGAUUGUGGUGGAGGAACUCCCCAUGGCAAAGGUUUCCCAGAAGGACAUAGCCUCUGUAAUAAGCACUGAUGCAAUCAAGAAUCAUAGCAGCCCAGUACCCCCACAGUCUGUUCAGAUCAAAACACAACCUGGUUCUGGACACUCAUUUGCAGGUCUUGGUGACGUCACACAGCAGUUGAAUCAGAGUGAGCUGGCUGUCUUAUUGAACUUGUUGCAGAGGCAGACAGACCUAAGUGUUCCACAGAUGGCCCAGCUACUGAACAUCCAUUCAAACCUUGAGAUGCAGCAACAUCUGGAGGCCCUUAACCAGUCAAUCAAUGCACUCAAUGAAGCUACUACCACUCAGCAACUGCAGGAUUCUAAGAAAGUGCCUGAAGAGGAAACAGCUGCUCAGGAACCACCCCCACCAGCCGGUUCCUCUGAGGAGCACGCCACUCCAGAAGCAGCAAGCACUCAAGUAGACAUGCAAAGCAUCCUGGCAGUUUUGCUGAGCCAGCUAAUUAAAGCCCAAGAGUCUGCAUCAAAGACACAGAAUAGCAAUGAGAAGAACAGCGAUCUAUGGGGGCCACAGAAAACCCCCACUUUGCUUCAGGAGGAAACUGCAG